AUGUUUUCUGCUAUUGGGAGUUCAGCAUCAAACUUGGAUUCACUGCCAGAUGACUUGAUUUUGGAGGAGACUUUCAGACAAGUCGCUGAACUUGACCCCAUUGAUUUUGAUCAAUGUAGGGAUGUGUUGAAGUUCCUUACGGAGCCAAACCCCACACAAGAGUCUGUGGAAUUUUCUGAUGUGUAUUAUGGGGUAUGCUCGACAGUAGAGCACAUCAUCGAAGAGAAUGAUACAGUACUAGGAAGGCCAAGAUUGAGUUACUUUGAGGAUGAACACAUCCUCCUCGUCGAAAAGUUCACCAGUAUUCAUGAAGUUCCAUUCCUUCACCUGGAUUCAAUAUUCUGA